CAGUUGGUUGUUGGCUCUGGGGGAGGGGCGCAGCGACUCAGCGUAGACACGAGAUAGACAUAUUUAUAGCCCUCUCGACCUCCAGGCAAAGAGAAAGGAAGGAGAGAGAAAGAGAGAAAGAGAUCCCUCGUUCUAGCUAACCUCAGCACAAACAUCAUAGCAUCAGCCGGGCCAAUAUCAGUAGUAUCCGUAUCCCAGCCACAGCGAUCCGACUGCCGACAGAUAACUAGCGAUUAUUCCCACAACCAGCCAUGAAGACUGCCAGGCUCGAGCUGGUCCGGAUUACCAGCGAGCACCUCGAGGGCUUCCAUGCGAUCUGGUCUAACGCUUAUACCACCCGCUGGAGCAGCCGGGGACAGUGCAAGACGCUCGAGGACAGCCGUGAGUGGAUGUCCGGCCUGCUGCUGGAGAACAACCCGCUGGGCGAGAAUUACGCCGUCCUCAUCCGCUCCGAUUUGCCUGCCUCCGAGCUCGAGGAGAUCCAACGAGAUGCGCCGGCCGAUUCUCCCCUCCGGCCCGGCGGCAUGAUCGGAUCCAUGGGCACCUUUCGAUCAGACCCUGUACCUGAGGUCGGGUACACCUUUCACCAGUCCGCCUGGGGGCGCGGCUUUGCGACCGAGGCCGUCAUCGCAUUUAUGCAGCUCUUCUGGGCCAACAAGCCGCAGUUCGACGCGGUAGAAGCCUACUGCGAUCCGGAGAAUAUGGGUUCGGUCAAGGUGUUGCUCAAGUCGGGCUUCACGGAGGUCGAGAGACAGCUGGGCGUGUACGAGAUACCGUCGAUGACGCCCUCAAAGCGCGACCUGAUACGAUUUCGAGCCACGAGAGAGAAGCUAAACUGAGCCACGAUACGCUGGACUCCAUAAACUGGUAGUGGUUCCUUGUCCUUGGGUGGUCCUUGUGAUUAUAGCCGAGGGUGGUUGAUUAUGCGUGAUGCCGUGAUGCUGCGAAUUCAUGUUCAUGUUGAUGCAUUCAUACACUUCAUAUAUUAUAUAGAUACAGGCCGGCGUCAAUAGCCAGCAUUCUUCAGUCUCGCAUUCCGUCGUUCUUCCUCCCUCUUUGCGUCUACACGGCCCAGGAAGUCCAUCCGGUCCAUAUAGCCCUCCUUCGCCUUGCUGUGUA